GCCCGGAACGUAACGACGACUCCUCAUGCCGUGUAGUAACCUCCUGGACGGUAUCGAGAUAGGUUUAGACUUGUGGAAGGCAAGAGUGAGCUUUUGGAGAGGAGGAAAGAGACAAGGUUGUUCGCGCAUUGAGCCGCAAUAGGCUUAGUGCAAAGCCUUAGUCACCUAUGCCGCGUGCGGCGUAGCUCAACGGCGCAGCUUUGGUGGGAGGUUUGACAUGUUUGAACAUUGAAUAUAUAAGUGACGAUAUCGUUCGUUUUGAGUUUCCUUCCUUUUCCUUCAUUAUACCUACCCACCUACCAAUCUUACGACCAUUGCGUACAUUGCCUGUUCAACAAUCAGACAACUCAACAACACGAUCAACUGCCACCUUGGAUCAGCUGAUCUGCCCCACCUGACCCACCGCAAAGCACAGUAUAUCUGCAACUGAUACACGUCUUCAACUCCCACCAUGGCUCCUCCAGAUUGCAGCGAAUGUAUCAAGGGUACUGUCCACGAAGGACAACCAAUUGGCAAAGAAGAGAUGGUCCAUGGCCUCAAUACAUACGUGGUUGGCAACCGGACCAACCCACGAGGCAUCAUAGUCGUAUACUCAGACAUUUUCGGCUUGCUAUUACCCAACAACAAACUCAUUGUGGACCAGUACGCCAAGAGCGGGGAGUACCUUGUCUACCUCCCGGACUUCUUCAAGGGUGAUGCCGUGCCACUCAAGAUUGCUGAUCUUCUCAUUCCAGUGAAUGCAAAGAAACAGUCAACGCUUGGAAAGUAUACAGGCAUUCUGGCAUCCGCACCGUCUUUCGUUAUGUGGAUGACAAGACACAAAGAAGGACCAACAAACGAAGUCUGUAUGGAUUUCCUGCAGAAAUUGAGACGUGCAACCCCAAGCAGCCAGAAGAUCGGGAUGGUCGGAUUCUGCUGGGGAGGGAAGUACGCAAUUCGAGCGGGUUUGGAGAGCAACAAGAUUGAAGUCAACGGGAGCAAGGUCCCUCUGGUGGAUGCAGUUGUGGCCUUGCAUCCAAGUCAUUUGGCCAUACCGGCCGAUGUUGAGACCUUGGUCGUACCUACCAGCUAUGGUUGGGGUCAGGAAGAUCCCCAAGUCAGUAUUGAGUCGAAAGGCAAGAUAGAGGACAUCCAUGCAAACGCCAAGAAAGCAGGGAGAAAGGUGCCAGAGAUGGAGCAUAAAGUGUACAAACCUGGCCGACAUGGCUUUGCUGUGAGAGGGAAUCCUGAUGACCCGCAAGAGAGGGCUUGCUUAGAAGAUUCGGUCAAACAAGUCUUGAAUUGGUUUGGCCGCUGGCUUUGAAAGGUGUUUGAGAUGCUUCUGGAGUUCUGUAGUUAGCCUUUUAUUAUUGGGAGCGAAUAAUACACACUGAUAUCAUGAUCCAA